AUGGAGAAACCGGGGUACACAAUCGCUCUUCCAGCCCAAGCACCGGACAUCAAAGAACCCAGCGUCAAAAUAACGGAACUCCCUCCUACACCGCCUUCACUCAACAAAUCCAUUCAACUCCGCAGCGUCACUCUUCGGGAUCCAAACCUCAUAACUACCGAUUUCGACGCCCACCGCUUCCAAGCUGCGGCAUACACGCAGCUCAUCAGUACCUCCAUCCCAAAAUUCCCAACCCAAGCGCCUGCACCAACAACACCACCUGGCUCACCCCCCUCAGACAAUCUCAUAACAUCCCCCUACAACAAACCCGGCCACUAUCUCUCCCUCUCUACCCCACCCCUUCCCCUUCCUUCCCUCUUCCUCGCCAUAGCCCUAACAUCCCUCCAACCCACUCUCCCCACUUACGCCACAGCCCCCUACACCUCCGCGCUAAACCUCGACGCCGUACUCGACGUCCUACGCGCACUUGUAAAAAGCGAAGGUGUAGAAUGGCCCGAAACAAGGUUCUACGUCGUUGUCUUCCGGAGUAAGCUCAAGGAGAACAUUGAUAAUGAUUACCUGUACAAAUUGGAUGAGGAGAGUCACAGGGAAGCGUGCGAGUCCGGUGGGUUGCUGAAGUAUUGGUUUGGGAAGAGUGAUGCAGAAAGGAGGAAUUUGGCGACGUGUUUCUGGCAUAGCAGGGAGGAUGCGUAUCGGGGUGGACUAGGACCGUGGCACAAGAAGGCGCGGGCGGCGGGGAGGGAGCUGUAUGAGCAUAUUACAUUUACUACACAUUGGUUUACUGUGCUUGAGGGAGCCAAGGAGUAUACGUUUGAGGACUACUAUUAA